AUGGGUAUUACAGGACUUUAUAGCGAACUCGGACCUGGAGAACGCAUUUCAUUGGCAAAAGUCGCUUCAGACCACUUCGAAGCUACGGGUAGACGUUUACGGCUUGCGGUUGAUGCGUCAAUCUGGUCCUUUCAAGUUCAGUCUGGAAAAGGCGGAACAAACCCAGCUCUUAGAACACUUUACUACCGCCUCCUUCGCCUCUACCAACUGAACAUAACACCUCUUUUUGUGUUCGAUGGUCGCAAACGUCCCGUUUUCAAACGGAACCACAAGACAAAUACACAAGUGAUACCGUCCUUGCAGAAAAAUACCAAAUCAUACUUAAAGCUAUUUGGAUUCCCAUACCAUGACGCCCCGGGAGAAGCAGAAGCAGAAUGUGCACUCCUACAACGACAUGGCGUUGUUGACGCCGUUAUGAGCGAAGAUGUGGAUACUUUGAUGUUUGGUUGUGGAAUUACCUUCCGAAACUGGUCAGGCGAGGGAAAGGCGGUUGGAGAGCGGUCUCACGCCGAAGGGAAUGAUACUGGUCGCACUGAUGAGCGGACCGCAGUGGAGGCCGCAAAGGCAGGGUUCGGGGAGGCGCUUUGCAACCUCGAAGUAGAUGACGAAGAUGGCUUCAGAGAAUGGAGAGAGCGGUUAUCAUUCGAACUCGAGACGAAUAAAAGUGGAUGGUUCCGGAGGAAGAAUAAAGUGAUCAAAAUUCCGGAGGAUUUUCCGGAUAAGAUGGUGUUAGGUUAUUACACGAAUCCUGCGGUUUCAAGCGAGGAAGCUGUGGAGAAGCUAAGAAGAAAAAUCGCAUGGGACGGGAAUGUGGAUUUAUUUCGACUGCGGGAGUCAGUCAGAUAUGCAUUUGAGUGGAAAGGCAAAGGUGGUGCUGCUGCGUUUGUCAGGACGCUUGCACCAGCAAUACUGUCCAGGAGACUUGCUGAUGGGGAGGACGGAGCCGAGCUUAACACUAUUGUAAAAGGCUUUCAUGGAAAGCGGGAGCAUUCUUCAACUGGUGGACUGAAGGAAUUACGAAUCUCUUUCAUCCCAGGGGAAGUCAUUAAAAUCGACAUGGAUGCAGAAGAGGAAGAUGAAGUAUCAGAGCAGGAGGAAGACGAAGAUCCAGAUGAGGACGGUGUGAGAAAGCGAAAAGAUUACGAUAUUUUCGCCACAGAGAGAGUAUGGAUUCAGGAGCUAUUUAUUCGGCAAAGUCUCGGUGAACGGAUUGAAGAAUGGGAAACGCCUAAGAUUUCUAAUCCAAAAGCACCUAAGAAAGCUCCGACAAAGACCAAAGCUAAACCCAAGGAGGGGACUGCAUCAGGAUCUAUUCUGAAAUAUAUGAGUAUUUCAAAACCCAACGACAUGGAAAAGUCCAGAGGAAAAAAGCCGGAAAUUAGAAUCUGCGAGGAUUUGGAUGCUCUUACAUUCGCUGAAUCACAAAGGUCUUGUGAUGCGUCUGAACCAGAGGAACCCUUUGCUGAACGCAGGCGUAGUCGUUCAAUCACUCGGAAAUAUGUUGUCGAAGGGCUGGGGCUGAGGGAAACGGCUGAGAGUUCUAGGCCUAAAGCUUCAAAGCUCCAAAAGAAGCCUACAAAAUGCCAGCGAGAGGAGAGUUCUGAGGGAUCUGAUGGAGAUCACUCAAAUCUCCGAAGGACUUACAGUACGCCUUCCGCCCUUGAAGAUGCACAACUACCUCUAGAUCACCACUCUUCUAUACACAUACUUGAGGAGUCAUUACCGGAGCCUUUGUAUGAUUUGCUUUGUCCGUCCCGUUCUUAUUCACCACCAUCAUUGGGACCUCGAACCCGCCCAACAUACGAGACAAUAACGAUUGAAUCGUCACCAGCUCCUGCUCCUGACAUUGAUGAUUUAUGUACCAAUAAUUCACCACCCAAUACACCCACUAAGAGAUAUAGAUCAUCUGGUAUCACAGAGGCCCCACCGCGAUCAAGCACACAAACUCAAGAAUAUGAAACGCCCGAAAUAAGGACGCCUUCGCCAGAUAGAUUUCCUAACAUAGAAUUAUCUCCGCCACAUACACCAACGGCUGCGUUUGGACGUCUCCAGGUAGUGGACUUAGUUGGAGAUGAUGAAUAUGAUGUCGGCGAGAAAAGCAUAGACAGUACUCUCGAUUUUUCGCCGUCCGCCCAUUUAAGCCCAAAUAUCACUACAAAGCGGAAAGGAAGGAAAGUGAAAACGAAAGAUCCCGAGCAGCAGUCACCAGAAAUGCUCAAAGAGAAGAAGAAAUACAUCCUCACUUCCCCCGUUCCAUUUCCGAUUCCUGUCGCACGUCGUCAUCGCCCUACCUCACCUUUGAGGAGGGUUUUUUCCGCUUCUGAUACGGCAGGUAUCGUCACUUCUCCUAUAGAGACGGUGGAUGACCCCCCAGUGGAAGUUCAAGAUGAGAUCGUAGAUCAUGCUAGCUUUUAUCCUCCUUCUAAAGAAGUAACAACGCGAACUGGGGCGGAUAUUGUAAACAGGAACUCGGAUAUCGUCACAGGUACUGGUAUUUCCAUAGAAAUAACGCAAGAUAUUCAAGUGGAAAUAUCAGAUGACGAGUUGGACAUCACCACCGCCCCCAUUGCUCAUAAGAAGACAACGCAAGAUCAAGCCAGACGAAGCGUGGCAAGCAAAAUAACAUGCAGCGAAGUUGCUACUGCGUCCGCAAAGUUGGAAAAGGGGCCCAUCGCGGCUAAUGGCAAGACUACGAAAAGGAUUGCAUUGAGAGAAAGUCUGGAUGGUCAUUGGGAGUUCAUCGAAGAUGAUUGGAGCAUCCGUGAAGGAAAGACGCUGUGGAGGGAUGUGGACGUUGUAGACCUGACGGGUGAUGAUUAA